AUGUGGAGACGCGCGCGCGCUCAGCUCUUUGAUGUUGUUUGUGUGCCGCUGGUCGUGGUGAUGUGCUGCGCCCAGAGCGUCAACGAGCCGGGGAACAUGUCUUUCGUCAAAGAGACAGUGGACAAACUGUUAAAAGGAUACGACAUCCGUCUGCGGCCGGACUUUGGAGGUCCACCAGUUGCUGUUGGAAUGAGUCUAGACGUGGCCAGUAUAGACAUGGUGUCUGAAGUUAACAUGGACUACACUCUGACUAUGUACUUCCAACAGUACUGGAGAGAUAAGAGACUGGCCUACGCAGGGAUCCCUCUCAACCUGACUCUGGACAACAGAGUGGCAGACCAGCUCUGGGUCCCGGACACCUACUUCCUGAACGACAAGAAAUCCUUUGUGCACGGUGUUACUGUCAAGAACCGGAUGAUUCGACUCCACCCAGAUGGGACUGUUCUCUAUGGCCUCAGAAUCACAACAACAGCGGCCUGCAUGAUGGAUCUGAGACGAUACCCUCUGGAUGAACAGAACUGCACUCUGGAAAUUGAGAGUUAUGGUUACACAACAGAUGACAUAGGGUUCUACUGGAUGGGAGGAGAGACUGCUGUGACUGGGGUGACACGAAUCGAGCUCCCUCAGUUCUCCAUCGUCGACUACAAACUUGUCUCCAGGAAUGUGGUGUUUUCCACAGGUGCCUACCCUCGGCUGUCUUUGAGCUUCAAGCUGAAGCGAAAUAUCGGAUACUUCAUCCUGCAGACAUACAUGCCCUCCAUCCUCAUCACCAUUCUGUCCUGGGUGUCAUUCUGGAUAAAUUAUGAUGCUUCUGCUGCCAGAGUUGCAUUAGGGAUCACCACUGUGCUUACAAUGACAACCAUCAACACCCACUUAAGAGAAACGCUCCCUAAGAUCCCCUACGUCAAAGCUAUAGACAUGUACCUGAUGGGCUGCUUCGUCUUUGUGUUCCUGGCCCUGCUGGAGUACGCUUUUGUGAACUACAUCUUCUUUGGACGAGGACCUCAGAUGCAGAAGAAACUGGCUGAGAAGGCACUGAAGACAAACAAUGAGCGCAAUAAAUUUGACAGACCCAAGUCCCUUCUGGACGGAAUCAACUGCAAGUCUUCGUCCCUGAAACAGUCCAAUCAGGUGCAGAGUCGUCGUCACUCAAGACGACAUCCCUAG